AUGGAUUCCGAAGUUUCGCUGGUCGGAGGGGUGCGCGCCUUGUAUGAACAAUGCGAUCCGGAAGGUCGCGGAUUUAUUACCCGGGAAGAUUUGAAUUGUCUUCAAGGACAGAUUCCUUUGGACAGUGCACAGCUGGACGAAGUGUUUGCCAUCUUGGAUAAGGAUCAACAGGGCCGCUUGACACUGGAUGCGUUUACCACAGGUUUUGGUGAGCCCGUGUAUACGCUUUAG